GUACCUGAACUGUCAUUUCGUCCCUCAGCUGAUCAGGUGUAUGGAGACCAGGACAUGCAUGAAGUGGUCAGGAAACACUGUAUGGAUUACCUGAUGAAGAACGCUGACUAUUUCUCCAACUACGUGACAGAGGACUUCACCACAUACAUCAACAGGAAGAGGAAAAACAAUUGCCACGGCAACCACAUCGAGAUGCAGGCGAUGGCUGAGAUGUACAACAGACCGGUGGAGGUGUACCAGUACGGCACCGAGCCAAUCAACACGUUCCACGGCAUCCACCAGAACAACGACGAGCCAAUCAGAGUGAGCUACCACCGCAACAUCCACUACAACUCUGUGGUCAACCCCAACAAGGCCACGAUCGGGGUCGGACUGGGACUGCCGCCUUCAAACCGGGGGUACUACGCCGAUCAGUCUCUGAUGAAGUCGGCCAUCAAGACGUCGGAGGAGUCGUGGAUCGAGCAGCAGAUGUUGGACAAGAAGAGAGCGACGGACUGGGAGGCCACCAACGAGGCCAUCGAGGAGCAGGGCCGGGAGUCGUACCUGCAGUGGCUGCAGGACCAGGAGAAGCAGGCCCGACAGCCGCGUAAGGCCAGCGCCACGUGCAGCUCGGCGACGGCAGCGGCUUCCAGCGGACUGGACGACUGGAGCGCCCGGUCGCCACGGCAACGAGACUCAGACCCCUCCCACUCGGACCUCACUACCGCCCCGUCGUCCAACAGCAGCAACAAGCCCCCCCCCGCAGGAGCCGCCCUCAUCCUGAGCAAGCCCCCCCCCUGCGCGCCAGGUCCCAGUAAUCAGAGUCGCCAUCAUUUGGAGUACAGAGCCAUCAUGCAGGAGAUGUCGCCCACAGCCUUUGGUCUGACAGACUGGGAGGACGAUGAGAUCCUGGCCUCGGUGCUCGCCGUCUCUCAGCAGGAGUAUCUGGACAGCAUGAAGCACCAGAGCUCCUCCAUGCAUCGAGAGAGGGAGCCGUCCCCCGACAGCAGCUGAUGACCAGCCGAAACACAAGCACACACAAACAAACACAACAAUGACCUUGACCUCCUCUCCUGCCUCACCCUCCAACCCCCCCUGAACCCUCACCCUCACCUCUGCCCCUCAGAAGGAGAUCGACCAGGGAAAAAAACAAACAUCAAACAAAGAAAUGCACACUUGUUUUUUGUUUUUCAGCUCAUCCGCUCUUCAUCAUUUCCUCUCCUUUAUCCUUCCCCGUUUCCUUCCCUCCUUUCUACUCCCGUCUCAUCACCUUUCCUUCUCCAUGACACCCUCAUGGUCACCGCUCAGAGGAGCUCAGUCUUAAAGCUGAUUCGAGGUCAGUUAUGACAUCAGACACCACGUCGAGCAGCCUCGACUUUUGAAGUAUGUUCCGUUAGCUCUGUGGCUAAUGAUGUCAUAGGAUUCAAUAGGGAAGGCUAAUCAGCACUUACAAAUGGUGAAGUGUAUGUCGGGGAUCUUCAUGCUACGAGAGCGAGCCGUCACCUGAAGUCUUACGUUAUUACCAUCUUAGCUCACCGCGGUUUCCAGGUCCAACGAGAUGCGUUGCUGCUAGCUUAGUUAGAGAUAGCGUUAUGGUUUUCUGAUGAGUCCAACUCCUCUUGUAGCUCCUGCUGGCCGCCUUCUUCUUUUUCUUUUUGAGGAAUAGUAGCCCCAUGCUUAUCAAAAAGUUGAAUGCUAAAGGUACCAGGGUUGUCACGCUAACAGAUUUUUAAACUUUGAUACAAAUACUACAACAAAUCAAAAUGAUAUCGAUGCCUGUUUUGUUACCACGGCAACAAAAAGAAAAGCCCCAGACAUCUAUCACUGCAUCACCGGAUUCUUGUUUUAAAUCACCAAAAGGAGACAGACUCUAGUGGACACUGGAGGAACUG